AUGUCUUCUGUUUUUAAUACUUUCUUCAUUGUUGGUGCUUCUCGUGGCAUUGGUUUGGAAUUGGUCAAACAAUUAUUACAAAGUAAUCCAAAUAGAAUUGUUCACGCAACAACUAGAUCUCACUCUGAUAGUUUGGCUCAAUUACAACAAGAAGUCACCACUCAACGUUUGAUUAUUCAUGAAAACUUGGAUGUUAACAAUGAUGAGUCAACUGAAGCACUCGUUCAAAAACUCUUGAAUCAAAAUGUUAAGAUUGAUGUCUUGAUUAAUAAUGCAGGUAUUAUUGGAAAAGAUUCAAUUGGUAGUGUUUCCAGACAAGAACUUUCCAACAUGUUACAAACUAAUACCUUCUCUCCAAUUAUUGUUUCACAAAAAUUUUACAAUAAUCAACUCAUCAACCAAAAUGGUUUGAUUGUUAACAUUUCAAGUAUUAUUGGUUCAAUUGAGCUUGGUAUUGGUCAUGUUUUUAAUUCUGCUUCUUAUGCAAUUUCUAAGGCAGCCCUUAAUAUGGUUUCUAAACUUCAAAGUUUGGCAUUUGCUGAAGGAAAAGUCAAUGCAAUUUCACUACAUCCCGGAUGGUUGCAAACCCAGCUUGGGGGCCAAAAUGCUCCACUCUCUGUUGAUGUUGGUGUUUCAGGAAUUGUUAAGGUCAUUGAUAAUUUCAAUCAAGAACAAAAUGGUACCUUCCUUCAAUAUGAUGGAACUCCAGUUAAAUUGUAA